AGUAUAGCUUUCAUUUUUUGACUAAAUGUCAUAAUAAGCUUGAAUGUUUUUUAUAUCUGCUGUUUUAUUCAGGAUGAGAUUGAAUUCUUGGUUUCUGGUGGCGGUGAGUGCGCUCCUGGUUCCGGAGAUUUCCGGAGGGAAUCGGUACACGACUCGGCGAGACUUGGCUUUAAGAUACAAUCAACUGUAUCAGCACAUUAUCAGUCUCAAAUAUGUCGUCAAAACCAUCAGUAAAGAUGUUAAGGGCGAGCCUGGGACUACAGGUGUAAUUGGGGACAAGGGAGGCAAAGGGACCACGGGUCCACAAGGAGCCCAGGGAACCAAGGGGCAGCUCGGUGUCAAAGGUGAAAUGGGUAGUCAAGGUCCACAGGGAACUGCGGGAACACAAGGUCCACAAGGCCUCAAGGGUGCAAAGGGCGAUAAAGGAGAGCCGGGUCAAGUGAAGGGAGAACCCGGAACAAGUGGAAACAAAGGGAGCAAAGGCGAUAAAGGGGCCGGUCAGAAGGGAGAACCUGGUUCUGCAGGACAGAAGGGGGACAAGGGAGCAAACGGGUCGGCGGGAGCAAAUGCGGCCAAGGGGGAACUUGGUCCUCAGGGACAGAAAGGUGACAAUGGCAGUAACGGGGACACAGGCGGCUCUGGACCAAAUGGAGAGAAGGGGCAAAAAGGACAGAAGGGCUUAAAAGGAGUUACGACUUAAAAUGAAUUUUAAACGUCUUCGAAUACCAGUAAUUAACAUGGGUGUAUAGUACUGUUUCCGACGUACAUUGUAUAUAGAACUUGUGAAUGAUAAAGAAAUAAGGUGUGGUUUCUUCUUAGAGAGUUUUUGUUAUACCUGUGUGGAAAAUUUGAUUUUGUUUAUAUAACUGCCUCUAUAAUCGUACUGAUUAAA